AAAAAUAUUAUGCAGAUGCGAUCACGAGACGCGGGUUCCUCCCUUUUUCUAACCAUCACCAACUCUUCUCGUUCCUUUUUCAAAUCACUCUGUACCCAAAUCGUCGUCCUUCCCCUACAAAAAAAGGGGAUUCUUUUUCACCUUCUGGGCUUGUUCUGGGCGGCUCUGUCUCUCUCAGGUACGUAUGCAUCACGACCCAGAUGCAGUAAUAGCUUGUGUUAGCUCAGCCUAAAUCUGCAGGAUCAGUGCGCUUUUUCUUGCUGGUUGGGAUGCUGUUUUCCAAGUUGGAGGACCAGGAGGACCUAUAAUGCUCUGUUGACAGAUGAAGUAGAGCGCUUUUUGCCUUUGUUUGCGUAAAGGAUGAAGGGAAACUUUUAUGGUUUGAGGGGCAAACAGCUCUCUCUUAUGCUCAUUACUGUUGUCUGCAUGAGCAUUCUGGUGUGGGCAUGGGAGAAAAAUCCGCUCCAUACGUCCUUUCUUCAUCCUCAGAACAUAUGGUUGCCCCUAACUUCAGAUCUACGAACGGAAGCCCAUGUAGAGACCGUAGUUACAUCUCAAUCACCUGAAUCUAGUGGCAAAGAUGAAUCCUCUAUUGCAGAGGAAAUGACAAUGAAGGAUUUAGAUGAGAGAGAAUUUGAGAUAGCCCCUACAAAGGGGAUGGUUGAUAUCGGUGGAAAUUUGACAAACCGAGUGGAGGAAAAAGAAGAACCUUCAAAAGUGAUAAAAAGCGUGGAACCUGAAAAGAAUGAAACUGCUGAAGAUUCCUUCAGUGUCACUGAAUCCGGAGGAAAUCAGGAACCUGAUUCAGGAGUAGAUAAUUCAAAACAGGAAGAAAGAAUGGAUUUUCAAGUGCCUUCUGGUUCUGAACAUUUCAAUGCUACACUGCCAGUCGAAAACAAUGAGAACCCACCCAUUCUAGAUAAGAAGCAAGCGGCCUGUAACUUUGCCAAAGGAAAAUGGGUUGUAGAUGAUCAGAGGCCUUUAUACUCUGGCUUUAGUUGUAAGCGAUGGCUUUCGGGAAUGUGGGCUUGCCGGAUGACACAGCGCAUGAAUUUUGACUAUGAGACGCUUAAGUGGCAACCUAAAGAUUGCCAGAUGGAAGAGUUUGAAGGUUCUAAGUUCCUGAAAAGGAUGCAAGACAAGACCUUGGCCUUUGUUGGAGAUUCACUGGGUAGGCAGCAAUUUCAGUCGCUAAUGUGCAUGAUCACUGGUGGUAAGGAUAGGCCUGAUGUCUUAGAUGUUGGAAGAGAGUAUGGACUGGUGAAAGCAAAAGGUGCAGUCCGCCCUAAUGGGUGGGUAUACCGAUUCCCAAGCACCAACACCACUGUCCUCUACUAUUGGUCCGCAAGUUUGUGUGAUCUAGAACCGCUGAAUAUAACAAAUCCAGCAACUGAAUAUGCCAUGCACCUAGAUCGGCCACCAGCAUUUUUGCAUAGGUUUAUCCACAGAUUUGAUGUUUUAGUUCUUAACACUGGCCAUCAUUGGAACCGAGGUAAGCUCAAUGCUAAUCGAUGGAUAAUGUAUGUGGGUGGUGCACGCAACACCAAUAAGAAGAUUGCGGAAAUUGGCCGUGCGAAGAACUUCACCAUCCACAGCAUUGUGAGUUGGGUGAACUCACAACUCCCGAAGUACCCUCGUCUGAAGGCAUUCUACCGGAGCAUCUCUCCUAGGCAUUUCGUGAACGGGGAUUGGAACACAGGAGGGAGUUGCAACAAUGAAAUGCCCAUGUCUAUAGGCAAGGAAGUGUUACAGGAUGAAUCAAGCGAUGUUGAUGCAGAGAGUGCAGUGAGGGGGACAAAAGUUCGGCUUUUGGACAUAACGGCAUUGUCGCAGGUUAGAGAUGAAGGUCACAUCUCCCAAUUCACCAUUAAGGGCACACCAGGAGCGCAAGAUUGCUUGCACUGGUGUCUGCCCGGCGUUCCCGACACAUGGAAUGAACUUCUUUUUGCUCAAAUUUAGACAGAAAAUUUUACACUUAACAUACACUUCUGGGGAAGCCACUGCAACGCCUUCCCUUCAAUCCUGUGCUGAUGCAUCACUCUUUGAACGGCCACAGCAGGUAGUACAACUUCUCUCAAGAGGAUUGACAUUACAAGCACCUGUUUCUCAAUACCGAACUGUUCCUGUAUUACGUUACAACAAGACAUAUGAUGGGGGAGUGAUGGUCGGUGGCAGGAAGAAGAUUGAUUGUGUUUUGUGUAGUUUUGUACCUUAAGAUCCUCCAGUUUAAAUUGGCGUCUGUUCAUUUGUUGAAAAUUAUGUAGUGAGAUUAAGUUCUUUGAGAAUAUAGCUUUUUAGGGGGUCAAAGCAGAACCAGAUGGCAUGUACUGGCUACAUUCUUUUUUCAUUUGGUCUGAUAUUGAAUAUAUUCAAGCAUCUGUGGUCACCUUGAGGCA